AUGGCUCCCGCCGCCGUUAGCACCGGCCCCGGCCAUGUGCGCUUCAUCCCCUUGACCUACGACCCCUCCGACUCCCAGGCCUCCGCCCUUAAGCUCAUCCACACCAUUGCGCCUCACUGGGCGAACGACGACCAUGUCGAGUUUGUCCGCUUCACCGACGGCAUCACAAACACCCUCCUCAAGGCCAUCAACCGCCGUCCAGGCAUGUCCGCGGCCGAGAUUGACCGCGAGGCGAUCCUCCUCCGCGCCUACGGCAACGGCACCGACAUUCUCAUCGAUCGCGAGCGUGAGGCCGCCAAUCACGAGCUGCUCAUGAAGUACAACCUCGCACCCGCCCUUCUUGCCCGCUUCGCCAACGGCAUGCUUUACCGCUUCGUCCCCGGUGGCGUUGCACAGCCCAAGGACCUUCCCGAUCCCGUCCUCAGCAAAGCCAUCGCCCGUCGUUUGGCGCAAUGGCAUGCCACAGUUCCAUGCUUGCCCGAUGCUAGAAACUCGACCACCAACAUUGACCUGACUGGCAGCAGCAACAAGGCCAAGAUUGCCAACGCGGCCCCCGGAAAGCCUAUUCCCAACCUGUGGUCAACCAUCCAGAAAUGGAUCCUCGCUCUGCCCGUCGGCACCGAGGCCGAGCGCGAACGUCAGGUCAAGUUGCAAACAGAGUUGGAGCUUGUCGUCAAACAGCUCAGCCAACGCCCAGGCUUCGGGCAAAACGGACUUGUAUUUGCCCAUUGCGACCUGCUGUGCGCCAACGUCAUUAUGCACAACGAUGACGACAAGCCUUUUUCUGUCAGCUUCAUUGACUACGAGUACGGCACGCCCUCUCCUGCCGCUUUCGACAUCGCCAACCACUUUGCUGAGUGGGCCGGUUACGACUGCGACUAUGCCGUCAUCCCCCGUCGAAGCCAGCGUCUAACCUUUGUGCGUGAAUACAUUGAGACGUACGUAGAGCUCUCGGGACAGGAUCUCGACAUUGAACGCGAGACGGCCAAAAUGAUGCAGGAUGUGGACGAUUUCCGUGGUGUCCCUGGCUUCUACUGGGGUAUCUGGUCGUCCAUUCAGGCCACCAUCUCCAAGAUUGAUUUCGACUAUGCUUCUUACGCGGAGCUGCGUCUCGGAGAGUACUGGGCAUGCAAGCAUGAGCAAGAUGGCACGCGUGCCGCCUCGGGCAAAGAGAUGCCCUUGCGCGAGUUGACAUGGGGAAGCGAAUAA